GGUUAAUCCCUUAGUUACUCAUUUAGAGAGCAAGAUCAUUGAGUAGUAUGUGUCACUAGCUAUGAGAUUAUAUAACGGUUCAAAGAUCAGGUGUUUUGUUUUUUAACCAAGGUGGGACACUGUUUGGCUUGCCUUGUGAUGGUGUGUGGCCACUGGGGUAAUCACAUGGCACACUUAUUUGAUCUAAGGCUGCAAUGUUUACAUGAUGCAUUGUGUUAAUUAAAUGUAAGGAAAUGAUGGCAGGAGAUGACUUCAUAUGUUAAAAUGGUCUAUAUUAACACACGAAAAUGUACACAGUAUUUAUCAAGUGAAUAAACAAGUCAUUCAUAUUGAUUGGCUAAUCAAAGAGAGGGAGGAGAACACGAAGGAAGGACAUGCAGUAUGCUGGCUUAUUGGACUUGAACAGGUGGAAGACGACUUAAGAGGCUGCUGUGUCAGUCAGAGCUCGGACCCGCGGUAGGGGACAAAAUGGGGAACACAGCAACCAAGUUCCGUAAGACUCUCAUCAAUGGAGAUGAGGUGCUGGCCUGCCAACUCUAUGAGAGCAACCCGCAGUUCAAGGAGGCUCUAGAUCCCAACUCUACAUAUGGAGAGUCCUAUCAGCACAACACUCCACUGCACUAUGCUGCCCGGCACGCCAUGACACGCCUACUCAGGUCUUUCCUCCUAAGCAAAGAUGGCAAUCCUAACAAGCGUAAUGUGCACAAUGAGACAUCUCUGCACCUUCUCUGCAUGGGGCCUCAGAUCCUGACUUCAGAGGGGGCUUUGCAUCCACGGAUCUCGAGACCACAUGAAGAUGAACAGCGACGGGCAGAAUGUCUACAACUCGUGUUGGCAUGGACUGGAGCUAAGCUGGAUCACGGAGAGUAUGAGAGGGCUGAUAUCAAUGCCACUGACAACAAGAAAAACACCUGCCUACACUAUGCUGCUGCCUCAGGCAUGAAGACUUGUGUUGAGAUGCUGGUGCAGAGAGAGGCGGACUUGUUUGCGGAGAAUGAAAACCGCGAGACUCCUUGUGACUGUGCAGAGAAGCAGCACCACAAGGAGUUGGCCCUGCGCCUGGAGUCGCAGAUGGUCUUCUCUCUUGCCCCUGAGGCAGAGGGUAUCGAGGCAGAAUAUGCAGCCCUAGAUCGAAGAGAGUUGUACGAGGGUCUGCGGCCACAGGAUCUACGGAAGCUGAAGGACAUGCUGAUAGUGGAGACAGCUGACAUGCUGCAAGCUCCUCUUUUCACUGCAGAAGCACUGCUACGUGCCCACGAUUGGGACAGAGAGAAGCUCUUAGAGGCCUGGAUGGCCAAUGCAGAGGAGUGCUGCCAGCGCUCAGGUGUGCAAAUGCCCAACCCACCCCCAAGUGGUUACAAUACGUGGGAUACCUUGCCUUCUCCCCGGACACCAAGGACCACCCGCUCCUCCAUCACCUCCCCAGACCAGAUCAGCCUCAUGCCUGCCGAUGAUGAUUCUUCUCUGUGUGGCAUCUGCAUGUCUUCCGUCUCUGUCUUUGAGGAACCUGUUGACAUGCCCUGUGGUCAUGACUUCUGUAGAGCAUGUUGGGAAGGGUUUCUAAAUUUAAAAAUCCAAGAAGGAGAAGCCCACAACAUUUUCUGCCCAGCCUUUGACUGCUACCAGCUAGUACCAGUGGAAGUCAUAGAGAGUGUGGUCUCCAGAGAGAUGGACAAGCGCUACCUCCAGUUUGACAUCAAGGCGUUUGUAGAAAACAAUCCAGCAAUCCGCUGGUGUCCAGAGGCGGGGUGUGAAAGAGCAGUACGCCUGAGCACCCAGGGCCCUGGAACCUCCACCUCGGAUCCCCUAAGCUUUCCUCUGCUUCGGGCCCCUGCUGUAGAUUGUGGCAAGGGCCACCUCUUCUGCUGGGAGUGUCGAGGUGAAGCACAUGAGCCCUGUGACUGUGAGACAUGGAAGAUGUGGCUACAGAAAGUCAGUGAGAUGAAGCCUGAGGAAUUGGCUGGUGUGAGCGAAGCUUAUGAGGAUGCAGCCAACUGCUUAUGGUUGCUCACCAACUCCAAACCCUGCGCCAACUGUAAGUCUCCAAUACAGAAAAACGAGGGCUGCAAUCACAUGCAGUGCGCCAAGUGCAAGUAUGAUUUCUGCUGGAUCUGUCUGGAGGAGUGGAAAAAGCAUAGCUCAUCUACAGGGGGCUACUAUCGCUGCACUCGCUAUGAGGUCAUCCAGCAGGUGGAGGAGCAGUCAAAGGAGAUGACCGAAGAGGCAGAGAAAAAACACAAGAGCUUUCAGGAACUCGACCGCUUUAUGCACUACUACACACGCUUCAAGAACCACGAGCACAGCUAUCAGCUGGAGCAGCGUCUGUUAAAAACGGCCAAAGAGAAGAUGGAGCAGCUUAGUCGAGCCCUAAGUGGAAGGGAAGGAGGCCCACCUGACACGACAUUCAUUGAAGAUGCAGUCCUAGAACUACUAAAGACUCGCCGCAUCCUCAAGUGCUCUUAUCCUUAUGGGUUCUUUCUGGAGCCCAAAAGCACAAAGAAAGAGAUCUACGAGCUUAUGCAGACGGACUUGGAGAUGGUGACUGAGGACUUGGCACAAAAGGUUAACAGGCCUUACCUGCGAACACCACGCCACAAGAUCAUCCGAGCGGCGUGUCUGGUACAACAGAAGAGGCAAGAGUUUUUGGCCUCAGUAGCCAGGGGAGUGGCCCCCAAUGACUCUCCUGAAGCACCAAGGCGAAGUUUUGCUGGUGGAACGUGGGACUGGGAAUAUUUAGGCUUUGCAUCACCUGAGGAGUAUGCAGAGUUCCAGUACAGGCGGCGGCAUAGGCAGAGGCGGCGAGGUGACAUGUCCAGUCUCCGUAGCAACACACCUGACCCUGACGACCUCAGCGACAGCACUUUAGACACACAGGAUGCUGGAGGUGGACGUAGACAAGGUCCGAUGAUGGCUCUGGGUUCGUUGGAUGACGAUGACCCCAACAUUCUUCUGGCUAUUCAGCUGUCACUCCAGGACUCAGCGAUGGCCGGGAGUGUGUCCAGCCAUGAAGUGCUUGCCAACGAAGCCUCACUCGGCGCAAUUGGCACCUCCCUGCCUUCUAGGCUUGAGCAGAGUGCUCCAGGUGUCGAGGUUCCCCCCAGAGCGUCUCUAAGCAGCUCAGAGCUGCUGGAGUUAGAAGAUAACUUGGCAAGACUUGGCAACAUCAGCAGCCAGUACUCUGCUGCCACUGGUGUUUCCAUCCCUGUACAGCACUGUGACAGUCAUCAUCGAGCAUACGGGGCUUCUGUACCCAUACCAGUGGCUCCUGGUGGCAGCAGUUCCUCAACAGGCCUCUUCUCUUCCACUGACACAACAGACUCAACCACAUGUGGCAGCCAUAACCCAUCCUCGUCCUCUGCAUUAGUAGCAAAUGCUAAUCUGCUGGGCAAUAUCAUGGCUUGGUUCCACGACAUGAAUCCUCAAGGUAUCACCUUGGUACCCCCAACCUCCUCUGACACCGACUCAGUCCUGGGUUCGCUCCAUACAGACGGAGGAGAAGAUGCUGACAAAGUUGGGGUGGUCGUCCUCCCUGAAAACAGGAAGCCUCAGGAGGUGAUGGCAGAUGUGGGUUUCUGCUCUCAGAGGCUGAGUGAGAUGGAGGAGAAGGAGAGACCAACCGUCGCCGAGAGGCCGACUCAGUUAGAUCUAGUGGGGCUGGACACCAUGCCGCUACCUUACAUGGCAGCUCUUGAUCCAAGUGGAGAGCAUGCCGAGCGUGGAGGCUCAAAGGUGUGCCAUGUCGACACUCCGCGAUGCGACUCAGUGUCCGAUCAGCUGGCAAGCACCAGCUCAUCUGAGUGGGAAGAUCAAGUGCACUUGGUAUGAUCCCUAACUGAGAUGGCAAAGAGCUGGAAGGCCAAAAACCACUACAGAUUGCAAAAUGAAUAAAGUUCAGGUGGAAUGUAAACAGAUUGGAGAAUGUGUCAUAUUGGACUGGAAAGUGGGGGAAGACACGUUUAGUUCCAGAUUUAUGUGCAACCAGAUGAGUUUCCUGCAUUUACUGUAUUGUCAGCCUCCUGCAAAGAAAGUACUAGGUAAAAGAGAUCACAGUUAGUUACCAUGUUCAAGGAUGACUCUCAUAAAUUGAGUCUUGUACUAGUAAAAAUACAAAUAAAGAUCAAAUUUAGAGAUUUAGAAACUUGAGUCUACAUAGUUAUUUUCCACUGGAGUAAAAGCCUACUGUAUCAGUCUGGAUCAGGUCUGAUGUAGAUUCAACUGUACUUAUAGCGAGCAGAUUAAUAUCUUGCUCCAGUAUUCAAUUGAAACGAUGCGGGCUGAGAUGGUUCUCACUCCUGUCCAUGUCUGCCUAUUUCAUGGGUGCCAAACGCUGACUAGCAAAAGCACAGUUUGCAGUCACCAAGUGGAUUCUUUAAAGCAAAUUGUGCCUGCUUUUUACAAUCUCAACCACUCAGCUAAACUUAAAUGUGAAAGUGUUGAGCCAUAAUUUUCUAUGAGAUUGCGGCUGAUUGAUACUCUGAAAAUGUCACUGACUAAAAGCCGUCGCGAGCUGUGCAGAACUGAAGCUUCAGACCCUAAUGGAUUUGUACUUUAUGUGAAAUAUUCACAUUGACAAAAUUUUGAUUAAUUAUUCAACUGAAAAGUAGCUGGCCUGCUCAAAAAAAACAUUUAAAAAAUGGACUUGACAAUGGUUAUUCAUCUCAGAGCCUCAAUCGGAACACAGUCUGAAUAGGAAGCGUCUCUGGAGCUUCAGAAACAACAAAUGCUGACGUCCCCGGAGGGGACCGCUCAGUGUGAUUCAGUUUACACCUUUGUGACAGCAUGUUCUGAAUUCCAUUGUUGCUUGUCUUAAAUUAAUGUUUAGAGUAUUGCGGCCGAAUGUGGAGUGUGACAGACUAGAUAGACAGUGAGUAGUCUGGUUUCUAACACUGCAGGGAAGGCCAGCGAAAUCAGGCAGCCGCAUUCAGACUCGGGUAAAUUCAUUAAUCAAGCCCAAGUCACUAAUUUAUCUCUGGGUCCUGUUUUAAAAGUAAUGUGAAUAAGCAAAGCCUUUUAGAUCUCUGCAUAUUUUUUCCAGACUGCAGGGUAAUGCAUGAAAAAACAACGACAAAAACAAUCAUGAAUGUGUACAGCAUCUCAUCCACAUGGGUAGUCCAUGUCUUUGAAAUGGUUCUCUCUGGAGCUAGAGACACAGUGCCUUUGUGUAAAUCACCACGAUUCACUUCUUUCUUGCUCUUUCUUUUUUCCACAUAUUUUUUCUGAGUGCUAAUUAUACAAAAUCUACAGUGUAAACAAAAAACACCUGUUACCUUAACAUUGUUUCUCUCACGUAACGUUUAUAGUGUGCAGACGUGCUCAUCAAAAUAUUUGUAGCAAGAGGCUUUUUUUUUUUCUUUUUUUCAGUUGGUUCUAGUGGUGAUAUGUUAAUACAUAACACUGAUUUUUAUACGAUCUGGUGAAAUAGGUUCUAAUGACGGAGUCGUAUUUAAAAUCUUGUUCCCAGAUAUUUUGAAGAACGGUUUUAUUUCUCUGGGUUUUGUGCAGUAAGGCUUCGUGCCCUACGCUUUUGAAAAGGUUUCCUGUGGUUUAGCAUCUUAAAUCACUGCAUUGAUUUCAGAAUAAGUUAACCUACUGUUUAUAUAUCUCAUGUGAAGACACUAAAGGAGGAAAGUUGCAAUAUAAAGUAGGUAUUUAUUUGAAAUAAAAAAAUAAUUCAUUUAAAUAAUGGAUUGUGAAUAACCCAUGUGAAAUUAAGACACACUAAUCAGCGUCUUACCUUUAAGACUUGAUUAUGUUUUUGUACAGACUAAUGUCUGACUGACAGUGACUUUUUUUCCUCUCCCCUUGCAGUUGUAUAGAGCAACAUUAAAUCUAAAGAUAGCGAUUGCUUUGGUAAGUGUCUUGAAGUAGUGCAACUGUGAGUGCCAUAUGGUUAAUGGAACUAACUUUGUUGGACACGGUUAAUGUAAGUGCGUUAAUCAGAGGAGAUACAUUGCCCUUUUUCUUUAUUAGUAUGCUGUGCAUGAAAUGGGCACAAUUUAUACUGUCACCUCAAAUGUUCAGGUGAUUUGUUAAAAAAAAUAAAAUAAAAAAGGUAUAUAACAUUUUGUAACUCAUUGAGAUUUUCUAUUGUAAAGCAACUAAUCCUUGAAAUGCUAUUUGCACUUUCAUAGUUUAUACUUGAUACAUUCCCUCUUUAUAUGAAAAGUGUUUGUGAUGCCAAUAAACUGUGUUGAGUUUUA